AUGCGACGAUUGCCACGAGCAUCAACGCCGUCUUCGUGCAGGGCCGAGUCGAUACUACUUGACACCGACAGCAGAAAUGCUGCGUCUUCACAAUGGAGCGAUCCUCGACUGGAGGGAGACUUAUCGGUGAUUGAAUGGGUCUCGGGGCACGAGAACGACGAGGGGGAGAAUGACAGAAGGAACGCGACCGAUAGGUUAGGUCUCACAAUGGCAGGAAGUCGACCCUUACGAGAAGAUGAGGCUUUGCUGGAGUUGAGAGGGACGGAAUGUUUUCACGACGGUCGGGAUGGCCGUUAUCGUCCAGCUCGAAGGCUGCUGUCACCAUACAUGCACAUGCUGCUCGUGGUGGUUUUUCUGGCACUCCUGGGGCCUGUCUCGGCCGUCAUCAUACCGUUCGAUAACUGUCUCGACUCCAGAUACACAUCGGGGGAUCCGCCUGGGCUACAGUUUGUUGGCAAAUACGUCGACGCCACACUCAAUGUUGGCAACGAUUCCUCGCAAAAUCUCAAGGUCACCCUGUGGGGAAAUGUCACGGGUUCGCGGUCGAGGAAGGCUCUUCCUCCAUCCAGCGAUACCGCGUACUGGAGCGAUCCAACCAAGACCGAGGGGAAGAUUGUCAACCUGCCGUCUCAGCAAUCCUCGACCACAUAUGUCACGACGACGCACUCCAAAAUUGAUGUUUUGACGUACGAGCCUUGGAAUAACGAUGCCGACUUUUGCAAGAAUCUCGGCGGAGGCUAUUCCUGCCCUCUGGGUCCGAAUUUCAACCCCAAUGCUACGCGCAACCAGUUACCGUCGAUAUCCAUGGCCAACAACUUCACAACCUCGUACGCCUUCACAUCCUGGUCCGCGACGUUCCUCGUCAAGUACACCGAUUCUGAAAUAGUCAAUAUUGGCUGCGUCUCGGCGACCAUAACACCCGACCUCGGCCCCCAGGCAGCCAUCGUGAGAUAUUUGCCUGUCGCUCUGCUCGCCUUUGUCGGGUUUUCGACCGUUUUUGCCGCUAUCUGCAGUCCUUGGGGCACAACUGAUGUUUUUCGGUGGACUAGCAACUAUGGUCGUGACUGUGACUUGAUCCGGCUUGUCACUCCAGGAUUCGGUGACUGCCUGCAGUACAUUCAGUUUGUCGUCCUCACCGGUGCGCUGUCACUCAACUACCCUGGCUUCUACCAACCCAUUGUAAGCCAGCUGUCUUGGUCCACGUUGAUGUUCAACGAGAGCUUUGUCACAAAGGAGCCCGGCUAUCGAAGCAUCCAGGAUGGGAUUUACUUGGCCGAUGGAAAGUAUGGCCUACAGCGCCUGGCGAUGCUGACGGGGAUGGGCCAAGUCGCAGACGUCUGGGCCGGUAUGAUCAUUUGGGUGCUAGCUAUCAUCGCCUGUUCCAUCUUCCUCGUCCAGAUCGCCUUCGGCGUUCGCUGGGCCUACCGUAAGAUCAAAAACAUUGCCGAAGAGGACCUCCGUUCCAAGAACAUACCUUUCUGCGUCGGCAACGUUGUCAGGAUCGUCUUCAAUUAUUUCUUACUCCCGAUUGUGGCGUUGUCUACCUUUCAGUUGGUGGUUGCCAGCGACUCUCCGCCAUGGACGGUCGGACUGGCCGUUGUCACGCUUUUCAUCAUCGUCAUCUUUGCCGGCUGGCUCCUAUAUCUAAUCAUCACCGUCAAGCCGAGAGCCUUUCUUUUCGACGACCUCCCCACGGUCCUGCUCUAUGGACCUUUAUACAACACCUACUCGGACGAGGCAGCCACAUUUGCCCUGGUCCCUUUGUUUCUUACCUUCUGCCGAGGCAUCACCAUCGGUGCCGUUCAGCCCAAGGGCAUCGCUCAAAUCGUCAUAUUGGCCAUCUGCGAGGUCCUGAGUAUCUUUACCAUCAUCGCAGUCAAGCCGUUUCAGAAACCGACGUCAAUGAAUGCCUAUCACUCCGUCUUUGCCGCGUUUCGGUUGGCUUCACUGUUAAUGAUGAUGGCUUUCAUACCGGAGAUCGGCCUCACGGAGGGGCAGAGGGGCUGGGUUGGCUAUGCAAUCCUGGUGAUCCACUGCUGUGUCAUGGGCUUUGGUUUCUUUCUCAACGCUCUGCAGACGACUUUGGAGGUCGCCGUGCGUCUCUCCGGCGCAGGUGGCGAUACCUCCAGAGGCUUACAACGAGGAGGUUUGUCCAAAAUUUUCGGAAUGCGCCAGCUGCAAAGGAGGGCCGGGGUUUCUAGAAACAGUCAUCACUCUGCCUCUGGAAUCCUGGACAAGGAGGACUACUCCAAGGGCGGCUUUAUAAUGCCAGGUGGGCGUCUUAGGAGUGAGUCGGCUGGCAGUGGCGUUCUUCUCACCCGGCCCCAGCGCAGCUCGUCUGCGCUCGACUACAAUAGCAUCGAUGGUGGCUUUGGCCCCGUGAGGACAUUUGACGGGUCAAGUUCUUUCACGCCAACAACACCGGGUGAAGCCAGCACCUUCUCCUUCUUGCCUUCACCGGCACAAGGUCGACACCCAUUGGCGCCACCUGUUGGCUUCGAGGCCGCAGCAGAUCCGUACUAUCGUCCCCCAAGAAGACGAGGGCACAGUCAUAGUAACUCUCAGGAAAUGAUGACGAUGGAGAAGAAUCGUGGUUCGUGGACGAGCGGCGACUGGCAACAGAAACGACUCAGCCAGGCCACCGGCGGCCCGCUGGGCGAUCCUUCAGACCUAGAUGCGCAAAUAUCUCGAGGCCCGACGCCGGCCCCUGCGGCCUACUCACAGCCGGCGAUCAGCUUUGCGCCCAGGACUGACUACUCCACGCGCGAGGUCGAUUUCUAUUACGGAGUACGCGGCCAGCGGCUGAAUUCGGACGCGCCAAGCCGAAAACUGGUCACAGGUCCUGCCGAUCCCACCGGCCCCAUGGCCUCGGCGGCAGGUUGGUGGCGGAAUAUAAUUGGUGGAAAGACGAAAGAGAAGGGCAAGGGUUUCGAGGUUGUCAGGAGUGCACGCAUGCCGCCGGCAAUGAAGGCACGCGGAGGGGACAUCACAGACGACGCAGCGCCGCAAGGUAUCCCGGUGGCCAUGUCAACGCUACGCAAUGGGCCUAUCGAGUCGGACGACGAGGAGGAGGAGCUCGCGCGCAAGAAGAGGAGACCCUCCCGUGGCCCAACACUACUGGACGAUGAAGGUAAUCCGGGCGCGGAAGAGGGCGAGACCAGCAGUGUCAACAUAGCUGCCAAGAUACCUGACGAGCCGCCAAUGCUGCCGGGAAUCGACAGGACCAGCAGCAUCAUGCUCCCUAGUCGGAUACAGAGCAGGGUGACCAGCAAGCCGCCUUUGCUAGACUUGAGUGUCCUGGAGAAGAUGGACGUGAGCUCGCCGCCGGUCAUACCGCGCAAGAGCUCAAAGAGGGAUUCGGGAAGCGAUCAGUGGAAUGCAGCUGGAGCUCCUCCGUUACCCGCUAUGCCGAGGCAGGGUCUUGAUAGGAAUCUCAGUACCGCCCAGGCAUCCAAUACGUCAACACGGUUGCCCUUUGAACGCAGCAACUCUCAGGGAAAGCAAUCGUCAACCACGUCGUCCAUGAACCCGCCGACCGAGGAGACGAGCAACAGUGAUCUUCCGAGAUCGUCAUCUACAAACAGUCACGAGGACCGGCCGACGAGCUACGGAGUCGUUUCGAAGGGCAAUGUCAGUCGUAUUGAUCCGGCGCCCCAGCUUGCAGGAAGUGAAGCGGAGGUCGUCAACGAAUCGAUGCGGUGA